AUGGUGAUCCAUAUUGCUAGUCUGAUCCGCCUUCCACAGCGCCCCGCUGAGCUCCUGAGAGAAGCCCUGAGAGAAGACUGGCUCCGGCUCCGGCUCCGGCUCCUGCUACGCCGCGCCAGACCCCUGGCCUGGGCUCUCCGCGCAGGAACAUCUGCCCAGCAGCUAGAUGCCUCCUUUAGUACAGAUGGCACAUUGGAAAUCUUUGAGGUUGAUUUCAGGGACCCCUCUCUGGACUUGAAAUGCAAGGGAGUCCUUUCUCCCUCCAGCAGGUUGCACAAGCUGAUCUGGGGGAGCUUUGGCAACGGGCUUCUGGAAGGCUCCGGGGUUAUUGCAGGCGGCAGGGAUGAUGGCAUGCUUACUCUAUACAAUGUGACCCACAUCCUGUCUUCGGGAAAGGAGCCUGUGAUUACCCAGAUACAGAAGCACACGGGGGCUGUCAGAGCCCUUGACUUUAAUCCGUUCCAGGGCAACCUCCUGGCCUCAGGGGCCAAUGAUUCAGAAAUCUUCAUUUGGGAUUUGAAUAACCUGAGUGUGCCAAUGACCCCAGGAUCCAAGUCACAGCAGCCCCCAGAAGACAUCAAGGCACUCUCUUGGAACCGUCAGGUUCAACACAUUCUGCCUUCUGCUCACCCCAGCGGCAAGGCAGUCGUGUGGGAUCUCAGGAAGAAUGAACCUAUCAUCAAAGUCAGUGAUCACAGCAAUAGGAUGCACUGCUCAGGCCUGGCCUGGCACCCAGACAUGGCCACCCAGUUGGUGCUAUGUUCAGAAGAUGAUCAUCUUCCAGUAAUUCAUCUGUGGGACUUGUGCUUUGCCUCCUCACCCCUGAAGGUGCUGGAGAGUCACAGCAGGGGGAUCCUGUCAGUGUCAUGGAGUCAGGCUGACGCUGAGCUACUGCUCAGUAGUGCCAAGGACAACCAGGUCUUGUGCUGGAACCUGGAGAGCAGCGAGGUGGUGUAUAAGCUACCCACACUGAGCAGCUGGUGCUUUGAUGCGCAGUGGUGCCCUUGGGACCCUCCAGUGUUCUCUGCUGCCUCCUUUGACGGCUGGAUCAGUUUAUACUCUGUGAUGGGUAGGAGCUGGGAAGUCCAGCAGAUGAGACAGGCUGACAAGAUCUCUUCUUCCUUUAGCAAAGUCCAGCAUCUCCCACCAUUGCAGGUGCCAGAGCAAGUGGCCCAAGCAUCAUUGAUAUCUCCCCUGAAAAAAAAACCCAAAUGGAUGAGAAGGCCAGCAGGUGUCUCAUUUGCUUUUGGGGGGAAGCUGGUUACCUUUGGCCUCCCCAGCACCCCUGCCCAUCAGGUGCCACAGCCUUGCCUCCGCCUAGUCUUCAUCAGUCAGGUCACCACAGAACCUGAAUUCCUCAUGCGGUCAGCUGAGCUGCAGAAGGGCCUGGGAUCAGGAAAUCUCCUGAAUUACUGUCAGAACAAGAUCCAGCAAGCAUCACUGCAAAGCGAAAAGAUGCUCUGGCAGUUCCUGAAAGUGACCUUAGAGAAGGACUCCAGAAUGAAAUUCCUAAAACUAUUAGGAUACAAUAAAGAUGAACUUCAGAAGAAGGUAGCCACAUGGUUGAAGAGUGAUUUGGGGCUGGGUGAGAGCCCUCAACCCAAUGGAAGUGACCUUAACAGUAACAGACAACAGGCCUUUUGCAUCCAGGUGCGGAGGAGGAGGAGCACAGGGAAUCUGUGCCAUUUAAGAAGUUUCUGUCUCUCUACAGACAUGCUGGGAACUCACAUGGAGCAGGAGGGUGGCAGGGCACUAACUUCUGAAGCCAGACUCUGUUACGUGUGCUCAGGAAGUGUGGAGCGGCUGGUGGAGUGCUGGGCAAAAUGCCCCCGGGCUUCAUCCCCCAUGGCUCUACAGGACCUGAUGGAGAAGGUGAUGGUCCCUAACAGGAGCUUGAAGCUACUGUGGGGUGCUGAUGGGGAGAGCCCAGGCCCUGCCACAACCUACAGAAUCGCUCAGUAUGCCAACCUCCUGGCAGCCCAGGGCAGCCUGGUCACUGCCAUGAGCUACCUACCCAGUGACAGUGCUCAGCCACCAAUUCAGCAGCUGAGAGAUUGGCUUUUUCAUGCCCAGGGUUCUGGUGUCUUGGGCCAGCAGUCUCCCCCUUUCCGGGUUAUUGUGGGAGCUGCUCCCCACUCUCAAGAGACAUCAUCUCCCAGACUGGGAUUCCAGUCUUCUCACCAGUACCACUCUGUCUUGAUUACUACCUCUAUAUCAGUAAGUCUUGACAUGGGGAAUACUUUAUCUCAGCCGCGGCUCUCAGGAGGGCAAAGGGUGCAAUCUCCUAACCCCGUGGGAUUCCCUGGAACAUGGCCUCUUCCUGGUGCACCCACAGCACCCCCAGACAUUAUGCAGGCUGGUUCUGCCUCCCUGCCUGAGACUCCUCGACGGCUCCCUCUGCUUCCUGUGAGAGCGCCAGGCUUCAACCCUAUGAGCUCCCAGCCGCCAGCCCCUCCUGUCACCUUCUCUGCAGCACACCCUCCAGGAGGGCCAGGUGCUCCAUGCGCCGAUACCUUCCCAACCACUGGCAUCUUGACUCCUCAUUCGGGACCUCAAGAUUCCUUGGAAAAUGCUCCAGUGCCCAGGGGAAACCUCCAGAGGAAAGAGUUGCCAGAGACAUUCAUGCCCCCAGCACCAAUUAGUGCUCCAGUUAUGUGCCUCACCCCUGAGCCACGAGGGGUCCUUUCCUCACAGCCUGCUGUCCCCAGUGUGAGUCAUGCUCCCCCUGGAGCCCCAGGAGAACUUAGCCUGUAGCAACUUCAGCGGCCACCUGCGAAGAUGGACAGGAAGGAGCUGCCCCCUGAACAUCAGUCCUUGAAUAUCAGCUUUGAGGUGCUUCUGCAGCGCUGCUCCCUGUCUGCCACUGACAUAAAGACAAAACGGAAGCUGGAUGAAGCAGCCCAACGUCUAGAAUGUCUAUAUGAGAAGCUCUGUGAAGAGACACUCUCGCCUCCUGUCCUGGCUGGGCUCCACGAGGUUGCCCAAUGUGUGGACGCAGGACGCUUUGAGUGGGGCCUCGCUGUGCAUGCUCAGGUGGUGAGCUGCAGCAGCUUCAGCGAGGUCUCCAGCUUCAUGCCUGUCCUGAAGUCCGUCCUCACCAUCGCUUAUAAGCUACACAUCUAGACCAGGCAGCUCCUCUUGCCAGGAGGCCACUUCUACUUUACUAAACUCCUUCCUGCAGGAAAGGGGAAUUUCGGAACAGAUUCCGUUUGUUUUUCCUAGCCCUCUUCCCUUGCUGCCAGGUAUAUGAUGCUGUAGGCUUGGCUCCAAACAGGCAGAGUGCCUGCUCUCCACCCUUUCAUGCGUGGCCCUCUGGGAUCUGCUCAGGGCUCUCUCAGCCUGUUCUUCUUCACCUUCCCUAAAACUGUACUCCAACAGGGCCUGGUGCAGUGUGUCUUCUCCCCCGGGGAUAUUCUAAGUGGCUUCUGAGAGGGUGAGCAGGAUCGUUACUUCCAAGUCUACCUCGACUGUACCCAUCUUGUGGGUCUUUUGUCUUUCCCCUUCUGUGGGUUAUGAGCCUGACUUUACCUUUUCCUUGCCUCUGACUUCAUAUUUCCAGGUUCAUACUUCUCUGAGUCACAGAGGCUGGGGUAGAGUUGACUGCUGUUCACCCUUUGAACAAGUCAUACCCAUGAGGGAUGGGUGCUGAGCACAACGAAGAGAAGGAACUCAGACCCUUUUAAGAAGGGACCUCUCAACUGCCAGCAUUGUUAAGGGUGGGCUAGGUGAGGUGGAGGGUGGAUGGGAUACCUUUUGCUGAGAGCUGUCUUAGGCUAUGGGAUAGGAGCAGAGGGACCACUACCUGUGUGGAGUGGCCCCUGACUCAGCCUGCCUGAUCCCUGGCCCAAGGCCUAGACCACUCAUUCUGUGAUUAGAAGCCAUAUUAAUGAAAGAGUCUUCUAGCACUGUUCUUCAAGGCUUGGAGGCCCUCUUCCCCCAGCCCCACACUUCUCAGGGCUGCCUUCUCUGGCUGCGCUUUCAUCGUUGGACUCUGCAUUUGAAGCACUGAUGUACUUUAUGUGCAAUAAAGCUGCUUUAGUUUGGUUUCCUCUGUCAUCUCCCAAUUAUUAUCUCCUCUAGGUCCUAUUUUGCUCUUAUCUGUCUUCCCAGUCCUUUUUGUUCUUGUUCCCUAUACCCUAAUAAGGCAGGGGAGAGGCUUGGGGACAGAUAGGAAGUCAGGAGAGUUGAAGAAAGGAGGUGGCACUGAAUUAGGCUCUCCUUGCAGCAUUUAUGGUCACUCUGCUGUGUGUGUGUGUGUGUGUCUCCAUCCGUGCCUGACAUUCAGCUCCAGGGUUUUCCCCACACCACUUCAGGGCUGAGCUCAGCUACACAAAAGGGACUGGGUGUGAAGCCAGGGGUACGAUCUCUAAUCCUGUUGUAGAUCGCAUCAUGUCUGCGGGCUAGAUGUGUGUGUUUGGGAGGAAAGGAUUGUUAGGCAGUAUUUGUUUGUAAAGCCACUUGCUCUUCAGAUAAUACUUGCACUAACUUCUAUUGAUGAAGCAGUGUGAGCCCCAGCAAAGUCCUUUCCCAAAGUGUCUUUGAAGCCAAGAGCCCAUUGAAGGGAAGAAAGGCCGGGAGAGGGGAUUAGUUUGUUCAGCAGCUGUGAAUUUCAGUGGGAGGUUGAUGAACUCUGAAGUCUUUGUUUAAAUUAAAGGUGGGGAGAAAAAAGCCGCUGCUGGAGCGAGAGCCUCACUUGGGGCCCUGAACUAACACAAGGAGAAGUCUGAGCUGCGGGGAGCUGUGUACUCACUGCGAAGACUUUUCCCAAACACUUUUCGGGAAAGGUGUUAUGAGAAGAGAAGGGGGCGGAGUGGGGGAUUAGCAUGUGAAAUGAAGUUUUCAUUGACUCCGUGGGGGUAGAAGGCUAUUUUAAAGGCAUUUUGUUCUCUUAUUUUCUCUUCUUGAGCUCUUUAGAGAUAUUGUUUUGCUAAGGCAGGCUUUCUUCCCCCUUCUUUCCAGUCUGCGGAUUGCCUCUAUGGGAGCCAACAUAAAUAUUUCUCCUCCAGGAAUGCGGGUUAAUUAAAAGGAAAUGAAUGAGUGGAAGCAUCCAAUCCAGACCCACAAUAGGCGAGUGCCCUGGCCUGCCCUUCCCUCCCACCACCACCAGCAACGCCAGCGCUGAGCACGACCCUAUCUCUGUCUUUGCCCUAACCUGCUGCUAAGGCCAGUUGAGGCUGCGAUUCUUUUCAAGAAAAGAAAGCCCUGCCUGUGUGUAGGCUCACAGGCUAGGGACAGGAAGGAGACAGUGUUUUGUCCCCUCCACCCAGCGUCCUUGUCACUUCUCAGGACCUCCCUCUGCUUCUGUCCCCUGGCUGAGACAGAUGGACUCCUAAAGAGCACACAAGAGGAGGGAAGGGGCCUGGGUUCCAGGACUCACCCCACGGUACCGUACUAGUUAGGGGAACAAGCCACACAUCUUUCUCAGCAUCAGUUUAAAUCUGUAGAACAGAAGGUUUCACUAGCUGGCCUCGAAGGCGUCUUCCCAAGCAACCGGUCUGGUUGUCCACAUUUAUAAAGGGGAACACAGCACUGGUGAUUGGUUGUAAGAACCUACACUCCAUGAAUGCAGAAGGUCAGUGUGUUGUUCACCACUGUAUUUCCACUCUGGUGUUCAUUGAAUGAAUAAAUGAAUGAAUAGAUAACGCAAGAGGGGGGAAAAAGCAAUCCAGAUCUAAGGUAGCUCAGUAUUG